AUGUAUUUAUUUUUGAUUGUGCUUUUGCACCUCUCAGUCUUCGUUUCUAGCCAAGGCCUACCCCAGCCUGAUUCAAAGAAACUCGAUACAAACGACAUCCACGUAAGAUGCGAGCCGCUUAAGAUAAUCAACGACGAGAGGCGCAGAAUUCCUCCCCCCAAUCAGCAGCGUCCCGGUCGAGCUUAUUCCGACGCGGGAUCGGAAGAUACGAUAAUAGUCACACCGCAAAUGAGACAGGGAACGCCUGAGACUGUGAAUCUCCGACUCCCGGGAGAACCAGUGACACCACGGACACCAGGAGGGCCAUGGACGCAAGGAUCGCCAGGAUCGCCUACACUGCGCAGUCCCCGACGACGCAGUCCAAUGCCAGAGCCGCCAAAACCAUACUUAUUUGGAAAAUGUGGCGGACGCGAUACAGCAAUUGCUUUGGACUCUUGUCUUGGGUGGGAUCCACGGAACGGAGGGACCAUAAUUGCCCAAAAGAAUGGCCAAGGAAUGACAAAGGGUGACUGUCAUAGCUGUCAAUACUACAAAACUGGGGAUGAUGGGUCUUUCUUGAUCACCUGUCUUUGCCAAAUGACUCCACAAGCAGAGCAAAUUUCUGGUAUGGAUGAUCCACGGCUAAGGAUGUUCCACCAACCUGGUGUGAUAACCAUUGACAAGAAUAAUCGCUUCCGCUGUUUUGGUAUCACUGGACUUUGA